ACAGUAAGGGAAGGUCGUAUAGCGCAGCAACAGAACUGCACUGAACACAACAUUCUUCACUGAUAAUGACGUUGAGGAGAAACGGAAACAUGCUCCUGAAUAUUUUAACAGAAAUCAGGACUCUCAGGACUCUUCUUCUCCUGCUGUGCUGUUUACUGUGUGAAGCUGGAGACGAGACGGUCACACUGCAGGAAGUGGAAGGAACCACUAUAACUCUCCAUACUGGGAUAACUGGAAUUCAGAGUGAUGCUCAGGUUCUGUGGCUUUAUGGACCUAAGAAAGCAGAGGAAAAGAUAUUGAACAGUCAGGUGUUUAAAGGAGAAACUGUUACAGAAAUCAGUGAGAGAUUUAAAGAGAGACUGCAGCUGGACAGAAUCAGUGGAGCUUUAACCAUCAGGAACAUCAGCAGAACUGAUUCUGGAGUUUAUUUAUUACAAGUUCUUACUGGACGUUUCUCAUCUAGGACUUUCAGUGUCAGUGUUUAUGCUCCAGUAUCAGCUCCAGUAAUAAGAAAUCAAAGAGGAAACCGAAGUGUGUUUUCCACAGAGCCGUGUUUCCUCCUGUGCUCUGUGGAGAAUGGAGAAGAUGUGAAUUUAUCCUGGUACAGAGAGAAUGAGAGAAUCUCCAUCACCAAUAACACAGAUCUCAGUGUUCCCCUCAAUCUCUCACUUCAAAUACAACACCAUGACGAGAACACUAACACUUACAUCUGUGUGUCUGCAAACCCUGUCAGCUAUAAAACAACUUCUCUCAGCAUCACACAGCUCUGUUAUCACAACUCAGGAAAAAACGAUCAUUCUCCUUCACUGCUUCCUGCCCUGAUAUCAGCUGGAGUUUUCCUGCUACUAAUACUAACAGGAUUUGUGUGGGUUUGGCUGAAAAGAAAAAACAUCAAGCUUGUAAGGAAACUUGAGGAACUGACUUACACUGAGGUGAAAAUUACAGCUCACAGUGCAGAGAGAGUUAAAAAGGAAGAAAACUCCAGAAUAAUGGAUGAUCAAGAGCAGUAUACCUUCGUGAUGUAUUCAGCUGUGAAGAAACUCACAUAAUUCAAUACAUAAUUAUUUUUUAUAAAGAACUUUAAAUGAUUUAUUAAUUUGGUCGUAAAUACUCAGUGUGUAUUGUGAGACAUUUAUAUUUUUACAUGGUGUUCGUUAUGUUUAAUAACCAUUAGAAAGGAAUUAUAUUUCAGAGUCUAUUUUCUGAAUCUUGUAUGAACUAAUAUUGUUGUGUGUUUGUCUCGUCAUGUCACACUCUCACUAUAUAAUCAUGAUUAGUGACUUUAUGGUUAGCUAAAUUAAUGUCACUCUUGUUGUUAUUGUGUGAUAAAAGUUAAUAUUCUGUAUUUGUUUACUUUAUUACAUUAUAAAAAUGUUUUUUUAAAAACUUUUGACAGUUAUUGCAGAAAUAUACUCAGUCUGUCUGUGGCAAAAGCACGUUAACAGCGUUUUAGUGCUUCAUGUGCAAUACAGAGUUUGACCACAAGGUGGAAGCAGAGCAUAAAGAAAAUCAGGAUCAGAAAUCCAGACAUUUUAGUUGCAACCUUCUGUUAAGAAUCUUCCAGAAAUUUCUAGUCACGAGCUGUAAUCAAACAACCGAAUCUUUUUAAAUGAAUCUUAGAAUUAUUGGCACCCUUAAUGAAAUUAAAUAAACCUUUAUGAUUUAUUUGCACUGUUUGGUGUCAUCCAGAAGUGGAUGGAUUCUCUUUCAGUCUGUUUUUUUUUUCUUUUUUUACCUGUACAGUGUUUAGAUAAUUAGACACAGAUUCACAUGUACCCCACGUGUUUGUAAUGAACAACCUGCAAAUACACACAAAAA